AGCAGCCAAUCACAGCGCCGUGCCCGCAUUCCAUUCUCUGAAGACACGCCCUCGUAGAACUGUCAGCUGCUCAGUCCAAGAUGGCGCUGUCCUGUAGAGGGGUAUGCCGCGGGGCUUCUUUGAUCUUACUGUACGGAAAACGACCUGUCGGGGUCAAAGCAAGUCUCUGCACACCUAGACUGGCUUCCACAAAAUCCAGUAGUUUGUGGUUUGUUAGACACUACUCUCCUUCACAAGCCAGACAUGGGAUUGGUCGAAGCGUUGUGUCCGGUCUGAAAUGGACCAAUGAGAAAUAUGAGAGAUUCCUGCAACGUCGCUUUCCACGAUUUUACGUUCUUUAUAACACUUUUAUGAGAGGUUUCAGGCUCCUGUUUCAAGAUGGUAAAGAAGUGAGAAGAAUCGUAGCCCGCAUGCUCAGUGAAAGAAUAGAGCACCAGAAUUUGCCUUACCGUGAUAUGGAGAAAAUCAGGCAGGUCCGCAGGGACUUAAUCAAAGCCAUUCCAUUGGUCAUCAUAUCAAUACCUCCUUUUGCCAACUAUUUGGUCUUCAUCCUUAUGUACCUCUAUCCUCGCCAGCUUCUGAUCCGGCACUUCUGGACCCCACAGCAGAUGGUGGAGUUUCAGGGGGUGUAUCAUACCCAGAGAGCCCAGCACCACUGGGCUAUAGUCAAAGGGAUGGAGAGCACAUCAACAUCGGUCCAAGACAGCCGUCUCAAAAGCCGCCUUACAGAGCUCUGCAGUAAGGUCCGAAGUGGAAUCCAUCCUGUGGUGUCUGAUGUCCAUGCAGUGAGAACUUUGUUCUCUGGACCUCCCUUGGGCAUCAAGAGAAUGUAUGCAGAUCAGAUGAGACACCUCUGUGCUUUGCUCUUUCUGACGCCCCGCCUCCCAGGCUUCUGGAUUGGUCGACGCUUGAACAGCCACGCCUUUGAACUCAUGCAGCUUGAUCGUGCCAUUGUUCGAUUAGGCUUGCAUCAGUUAAAUGACGCAGAGCUCAGAGAGGCAUGUUACAUGAGAGGGCUGAAUCCAGACCGCCUGAGUCCAGGACAGUGCCGGGAAUGGCUCACACAGUGGUUGCAGUUCUCAACACACCUCAAAGAGUCCGAGACCUCCCUCUAUCUGCACUGUAUGGUACUGCUAACUAUAAACUUCCCUAAACACCCACGUCACUGACCUCUGGAGGAAGUAGAUGACUUCUCUUCUGAACGCCCAGCACUGAUUAUCCACCACCACACCCAAAGGCAAAACACAGCGGGAACAAACAGACUCGUGUAUGCAAAUCCAAACAGCGCAACAAGCUUUUUUUACCAUGAGUCUUUUGGCUUAGUCGCACAUUACUUUCAUAAUGAAGGGAUUUUUUUAGGUUUUUGUUGGAAUUAUUCUUUAAAAGGGGUGACAUGCUUUAAAAUGUGUUUCUUGAAGAUGUAUCCAAUUUUGUUUACUUCAGUAAGGAGGGACAUGGCCAUUGAAAAACGUCAUCGGGAUUCUGGAAUUUGUCUAAUAAUUUCAUUCAUUUUUUCCCCCCAUAUAGACAGGGUGUGUAAUUAAUGAUGUACAUUUACACUGGGAGAGGUUCUAACCACGUCUGAGACAAAAAGCACACUGAACAUCUGCCAAAUGCAUCCAUUUGGAAUUAAAGCUCAUUGGUCUUAUAUUGAAACAUUUUCAUUCUGAAUAUUUAUUUUGCUAACAGUUGUUCAUGCACAGUCAUUUGUGAAUUGCAUUUUGAGACAUUUUGUACCUUUGUUUAAAACCUGCACUGACAAGCAUCACCUAAUCGCAUUCAUUUUUCUAGAGUCUCUCUCGAAUUGUUUAAAAUGUUUUACUAUAGAAACCCAUUUUUGUGUUUUAAAUUUGAUGUCAAAACUGAAGAGAGGUUUACAGCCUUUAAAAAUACUGGAGAUAAAGUGUAUUCCUUAAUAUAUUAUUAAGCUAUGUUCUAUAAUGCAGCAUAUACUUAUUUUAAUUACAUUUAUUUUUUAUUUUUGAGUUCUAAAGAUUACAAACAAUAUUGCACCUUGUUCCUGUCCUAUCCAAUAAGAAGCUGUUUGCUGUGAGCACUGGGCUAUUUGGUCAUGGCAUUUAUGUUAUGCUAAAUGAGUCUUGACAAGUUCUGAAAUAACUUGAUCUUCUUCAGCCUUUUAACAGGUGCCUUUUACUUAAGAACAGGUACAAAUGAGGUGCAGUUCAUGCCGUUAUCUGUAUAUGUUGCCAAAUGUGUUGCAUUAUUUUGUUUUUAUAUAAAGAGGCAAUGCUGUUUGGUUCGGUGUUAAAGUACAUAGUCAGUGCAGUAUGAAAAGAUUGGAACUUCUAUUAAAAGACUUGAAACUUUA